UGCAGACGUUCCCUGGCUGGGGUGUGUUGUGUAUUGGCAGUGGGGCGGCUCCGACUCCCUGACGCCAGUGAGACCAGAUCAAUCCAGGCGGCCGGGGAGAGAGGAGGAGGAGGGAGCCUCACAUCCCGGGCUGCUUGAGGCAUGCGAGCCGCUCCGCAUCGCUUCUCGACGAACACCGUAUAGGACACACUGCAGAUGCUGCUUGUCUGCUGGGAAUUACAGACUCCUACUCUUGGGCUGGAUGCUGUCUUCAGACUGAGAGGCAAAGAGAGAAAGCGUUCUUAUUUUUAGAAAGUUGGACCACUCUGUGCUCUGAUCUGUGACCUUCUCUGCUUGUCACAAUGAAUGUGACUAGCCUUUUCUCCUUUACUAGCCCAGCAGUAAAGAGGCUGCUUGGCUGGAAACAAGGAGAUGAGGAAGAAAAAUGGGCAGAAAAAGCAGUAGAUGCAUUGGUAAAAAAGCUGAAGAAGAAGAAAGGCGCCAUGGAAGAGUUGGAAAAGGCUCUGAGUUGUCCUGGACAACCCAGUAACUGUGUCACCAUUCCCCGCUCACUUGAUGGAAGGUUACAAGUAUCUCAUCGAAAGGGGCUACCACACGUCAUUUAUUGUAGAGUAUGGCGCUGGCCUGAUCUGCAGAGCCAUCACGAACUGAAACCUCUGGAAUGCUGCGAGUAUCCAUUUGGCUCUAAACAGAAGGAAGUCUGCAUAAACCCUUACCACUACAAGAGAGUGGAGAGUCCUGUUCUUCCUCCAGUUCUUGUUCCAAGACACAGUGAGUACAACCCGCAACAUAGUCUCCUUGCUCAGUUUCGCACGAUGGAGCCCACUGAGCCACACAUGCCGCACAAUGCCACGUUUCCAGAUUCUUUCCAACAGCCAAACAGCCAUCCAUUUCCGCAUUCGCCCAACAGCAGCUAUCCAAACUCUCCUGGCAGCAGCAGUACUUACCCUCACUCUCCGGCAAGUUCUGAUCCUGGAAGUCCUUUUCAGAUCCCCGCGGACACCCCUCCUCCAGCUUACAUGCCCCCAGAGGAUCAGAUGACCCAGGAGAACUCUCAGCCAAUGGACACAAACAUGAUGGUGCCUCCUAUCCCUCAAGAGAUAAAUCGAGCAGAUGUUCAAGCCGUUGCUUAUGAGGAGCCAAAACACUGGUGUUCUAUUGUCUAUUAUGAGCUGAACAAUCGAGUUGGCGAGGCUUUUCAUGCCUCCUCCACAAGUGUGUUGGUGGAUGGUUUCACCGAUCCGUCAAAUAACAGGAACAGAUUUUGUCUUGGGCUUUUGUCCAAUGUUAACCGUAACUCCACUAUUGAGAACACUAGGAGGCAUAUUGGGAAAGGUGUUCACUUGUAUUACGUUGGAGGUGAAGUGUACGCAGAGUGUUUAAGUGAUAGCAGCAUUUUUGUCCAGAGCCGGAAUUGUAACUAUCACCAUGGUUUUCACCCAACCACAGUCUGUAAGAUACCAAGUGGUUGCAGCCUUAAGAUAUUCAACAACCAGGAGUUUGCUCAGCUUUUGGCUCAGUCAGUGAACCAUGGUUUUGAGACCGUCUAUGAACUAACAAAGAUGUGCACUAUCCGGAUGAGUUUUGUAAAGGGCUGGGGUGCAGAGUAUCAUCGCCAGGACGUUACCAGCACCCCCUGCUGGAUUGAGAUUCACCUGCAUGGUCCACUUCAGUGGUUGGAUAAAGUACUUACUCAGAUGGGCUCCCCCCAUAAUCCUAUUUCCUCAGUCUCCUAAUUAGAACUGGACAUUUCUGGAUGAUAUGGAGCCGUGCAUGUACUUGAAGGAUGUUAGACACACAUACUGGCAAAAGAAAGGACUGGGUUUUUUUUUUUUUUGUUUUUGUUUUUUUGUCACUUUGGGAGCCUCAAAUACUUGAUGUUUGUGACCAACUCUUAACAUGAAAGGGGAAGAGAGGGUUCCUACUAUGUGGCUAAAUCUUCUCAGCAGCUAACUUUUUUUUUUUUCCCUCCAAAAUUGGAUUUAGAGUUCACAGUAUAGCGGUGUAAUUUAAAACCAUGCUGUGUAAAGUAUUAACUAAAGCAAACUUCCUACUGGCUGUGUUUUAGACUUAGCAGGGAUAUUAAAGUGAAAAUGCCAUUCGGUUCCAUUUCCCAGUAACUUUACAUGAAAAACUUGUGGCACUACUUAAUUUGUGUACUGGCCAUACUGCCAUCAGAAUAUUAGAUGUUCCUUACUGUUUGUACAGUGUUUUAUAUAAAACCUAUUUUCCCUUCUUCUUGCUAAAAGUAAAGAAUAGUUAGGGUGGACUAGAUGAAUUUUUCUUUGCUUUGACGGUUUGAGAAGGUUCACUAGGAUGUAUUAAAAUGUGAGCAGUGCUUUGAUGGCUUUUUUAUCAGCUGGAUAUGUACUGCACAAGUCAAUUUUUUUUUUUUUACUUUUACAGUGGACUGUGUACCUCUCAGCAACGAUGGGUAUUAGCAGCUAAAUGAAUGGAGUGUAACUGUUCUUCCUCUUUGCAGUACCAGCCUUGGUUCUCUGCACCUUUUUAAUAAUCUACUAGCUAUUGCGCUUCACUGUCUGCCGGAGGGGACUUGCGAUGUUGAAGAUGAUCUCUCUCCUUUAUCGUAACACUACUGCUAUGUCAUAGAUCUUGGCUUUGACUGCUAGUAUAUAGGGGAAAGCAUUGUUUUCUAAAAGACAUGGAAAAAUCUUAAAUAUUGCACCUCCUCUAGUGCCGGACAGCCUGAACAAACACACUUUUGCUGAGCGUUCAAAUUGGAUUGGAUUUUAAUAUCCAAGGUUUACUCACUUGCAGACUUAUUCUUUUCCCUUUUUUUAUGAUGUUACGUUUUUGUACUAUUUUUGUUUUUCUUUUGUAUUCACAGUUAAGCUGUAGUACUUUCCGAAAGUACUUUUAUUCCAAAUCUAGUAGAAGUUGUCUACUAGAAGUUUAAAUAAAUGGUCAUUAUUGCUUACCUGUA